AUGCAAUCGAUACUGCAAUAUCGCCGUUUUGGGAAAGCCCUCGAGGCACAAUUGGGUCGCAGCAAAGAUAAGGUCUCUCACACACGUCAGCAGCGGCUGAAUGGAAGAGAAAGAGAAGAUAUAAUAUCGACAGAAGAGAAGGAUUUAGAAACCGGGUUAGAGAAUAAUGAGGGCCCUAUCGCCCACGUUCAUGACCCCGGAUCGCGAGCCCACGAAGAGACAGAAAUCAUUUCACCUGGCUCAUCGCAAUUGUCUUCGUCGCAAUCGGAGCAUGAAAGUAUAAAUGGUGUAAUCAUAGCGAGAGACGAUACUGAGCAGCAAGCUACGCUCGAAGAUUCGGAUCCCAACGAUCUUCGUGUCGUUCCUACUCACGGUACAACCGGCACGACACUGGGACGAGCAAUAACAGGUAUCGAAAUCCGCCAACGAACAACAAGAGAAGGUGGUCCGGAACUUGGCAAGGUCUUUGUCGUUUCUUGGGAGUCAGAAGAAGAUUCGAUAAAUCCUUAUAACUGGGCAUUUUCCAGGAGAAUUAUAUGCACGCUCACCAUAUCAUUGAUCGGUGGCAUUGUGGGUUUUGCGUCUGCGAUCGAUUCGGCGAUUAUCCCACAGGCGGCUGCUGAGUUUGGCGUUGGUGAAACUAUAGAAGCACUGGCCACAGGUCUUUUUAUGAUUGGAUUCGGGGCUGGAGCUUUGGUGGCUGGUCCCUUUUCGGAAACACUUGGUCGAAAUCCUGUAUAUAUCGCUACUAUGGCUCUGUACAUGAUUUUCCUGGUUGGUGCUGGUGCAUCCCCCAAUAUUGGGUCUCAACUCGUUUGUCGCUUCUUUGCCGGUAUGUUCGGUGCCACUCCACUGGUUUGCGCCGGCGGAUCUCUAUCAGAUAUCUGGACUCCGCAAGAACGAGUCUUCGCAUUCCCGCUUUUUGCCUGUUCCUCUUUUCUCGGGCCGUUGCUUGCACCCCUUGUUGGAGAUUGGAUUGGCCAGAGCUCGACCCUCAGUUGGCGUUGGACUGAAUGGGUGACUUUGAUUGCUUCAGGUAUCAUUCUGGGCAUUGUUGUUCUUAAUCAGCCUGAGACUUAUGCUCCAGUACUUCUUGGGUGGAAAGCAAAGCAGCUUCGUCAGAUCACAGGCGACGAACGUUAUCGUGGGGCUAUUGAGAUUCGAAGAACGUCGCUGGUUGUCCGUCUUCGACGCGCGUUAUACCGCCCAUUCCUGAUGUUCGUCCAAGAGCCAAUCCUCAUUCUUUUUGGCUUGUACCUGACAAUGGUGUAUAUUGUACUUUUCACUUUCCUCACCGGCUACACGUACAUCUUCACCGAUAUCUAUGGACUUUCACAAGGGAUGACGGGAGUUUGCUUCGCCGGUCAAAUGGUCGGCGUCCUUUCUUGCUCUCUUCUGAUUCCAUUGAACAUGUACCUCCGCAAGAGAGACAUUGCACGUGCAAAGGCUCUCGGUCCAGAUGUCAAGGUCGCUCCUGAAUCACGACUCUAUUGGGCGAUGAUUGGUGGCCCGGCUGUACCUAUCAGUCUCUUCUGGAUGGGCUGGACUGCGCGUCCGGAUAUUUCGAUCUGGUCGCCUCUGCUGGCGUCGGUGCUGUUUGGCUUUGGUAUUCUGUGUGUUUUCAUGACCACGUAUCAAUAUCUCAUGGAUACGUACGAGAUCUAUGCAGCCAGUGCAUUAGCAAGUGUUACCUUCAUUCGAUACACAAUAUCCGGAGCAUUUAUCGAGAUUUCUAUCCCAUUUUAUGAGAACAUGGGCGUCCCUUACACUUUAACGAUCCUUGGGAGUCUCAGCGGAGUGUUGGUCGUGAUUCCGUAUGCGUUCUAUCGGUAUGGUCCAGUGAUUCGAAAGAGGAGCAGGUUUGUGCCAGAGUCAAUGCUCUAG